CGUGCGAAGUACCUGCGCGGGGGCAUCGGGCAUUGUCCGUCGUGGCUGCAGGCUGAGGAGUAGGGUCGGCCGUGGCACUCUUCUGCGGCGGGCUCAUUGCUGACAGAAGGCGAUUCCUCUGUGCCCUGCCUCCCUCGCCGCGCCGGCGGGGAUCCAGCGCAUCCCCCGCCUCGGCGCUUUUCCCGUUUCCCCGCCGCAAAGAUGGCUGAUGGUGGGCGGUGAGGUGGCGAGCGGGGCUGCGGGACGGCUGACGGGACGGUCGCGGGGAGGGUGGGGGGCGCGUGCGGGAAACCGUGCAGCGCCAUGUCUGCCUUUGCCCUGGAGGAAACGCUGGAGGCCGACUGGGUGGCUGUGAGGCCUCACGCCUUCCAGGAGCGGGAGAAGCACAAGUUCGUCUUCAUCGUGGCCUGGAACGAGAUCGAGGGCAAGUUCGCCAUCACCUGCCACAACCGCACGGCGCAGCGCCAGCGUAGCGGCUCCCGAGAGCUCCGGCGCGGCGGCCCCGCAGGCCCCGAGCCCAGAGCCUCCUCGAAGGCCGGCAGCCCCGCGGUGCGCAGGGACAGCGGCCUGUCGCGGGGCUCCUCUCAUCUCCGCGCCGAGCAGGGGCUGCGAGGGGCGGCGGCCGAGGCGCUGCCUAGGAGCCCGCUGCGCACCAAAAGCAGCCUGGCCCGGAGGCCGCAGCGGGGCCCGGAGGCGGCAGGUACUGCCGAAGAGAUAGAAGUGCUAGAGCUGGGGAAGGAGGAGGCGGUUACAGCGCUGUCGUUGCCGCCCUCGCCGCUCCAGGCAGCAGAGCCGGGCGGUCCCGACGCGGAGACCACCGGGGAGGAGUGCAGCUGGGCCGGCCUCUUCUCCUUUCAAGACUUAAGGGCUGUACACCAGCAGCUGUGCUCGGUGAACUCGGAGCUGGAGCCCUACCUGCCUGCCUUCCCCGAGGAGCCCUCGGGCAUGUGGACGGUGCUGUUCGGAACCCCGGAGCUAUCCGAGCAGGAUAUGGACGCUCUCUGUUACAAACUGCAAGUUUACUUGGUCCACAGUUUGGAUACCUGCGGUUGGAAGAUCCUCUCGCAGGUGCUCUUCACCGAGACUGACGAUCCCGAAGAGUAUUAUGAGAGUCUGAGUGAGCUGCGACAGAAGGGGUACGAGGAGGUGCUACAGCGGGCUCGCAGGCGAAUCCAGGAGCUUCUGGAAAGACAUAAGAACACUGAAAGCAUGGUAGAGCUGCUUGAACUGUAUCAAAUGGAAGAUGAAGCCUACGGUAAUCUUGCAGAAGCUACCACAGAGCUUUACCAGUACUUACUACAGCCAUUCCGAGAUAUGAGGGAACUUGCAAUGCUUAGAAGACAGCAGAUAAAGAUCUCGAUAGAGAAUGACUACCUAGGACCUAGAAGAAUUGAGAGUCUGCAGAAAGAAGAUGCUGACUGGCAAAGAAAAGCUCACAUGGCUGUGCUUUCUAUUCAAGAUCUUACAGUUAAAUACUUUGAAAUAACGGCUAAAACACAGAAAGCUGUGUAUGAUCGAAUGCGAGCAGACCAGAAGAAGUUUGGUAAAGCAGCAUGGGCAGCAGCAGUGGAACGUAUGGAAAAACUUCAGUAUGCAGUUUCUAAGGAGACUUUGCAGUUGAUGCGUGCAAAAGAAAUCUGUUUGGAGCAGAAGAAGCAUGCGCUGAAAGAGGAGAUGCAGAGCCUGAAAGGUGGUACAGAAGCCAUAGCCCAUUUGGAUCAGUUAGAAGCUGACUAUUACGAUCUACAGCUUCAACUGUAUGAAGUGCAGUUUGAGAUCUUGAAAUGUGAAGAGCUGCUGUUGACAGCACAACUUGAAAGCAUCAGAAGACUGAUGUCAGAGAAGAGAGAUGAAGUGGUAUAUUAUGACACUUUCGAAAGUAUGGAAGCCAUGCUUGAAAAAGAGGAUACGGCAACAUCUAUAUACUUGCAAAAAGAAGAGCUGCAAAAGUUACAACAAAAAAUUCGCCAGCUGGAAGCAAGGCGUGGACGUAUUUCAGCUAAGAAAGCCUACCUCAGAAACAAGAAGGAGAUCUGUAUCGCAAAGCAUAAUGAAAAGAUCCAGCAGCGUCACCAGAGUGAGGAAGAAUACAAAAUGCACCAUACUGUUCAGCUAAAGCGAGAUCAGUUACAAGAUGAAGAGGAAAGAAAGAGCUCCUGGGUUAGUCAGGAACGACAGAAAACACUGGACAGACUUCGCACGUUUAAACAGCGGUACCCUGGGCAAGUAAUACUUAAAUCAACCAGACUCCGGCUAGCUCAUGCAAGAAGAAAAUGUGCGGCCAGCUCAGCAUCCUGCGUUGAUCAGCCUCAAUCUUUGCCAGUAGCCAUACAAAUCAAAGAGAAAAGUGAAGAGGUGGAAUCAGAAAAUGCAGUUCGGCCAUUGCAAGUGCAGGAAUUCACAAGCUUAGAACAACUUCGAGAUACUCCAUUACUUCCUGAUGGUCUUAACUCUGAACUGCCUCCUGUUAGUAUUUCUCCACUCACCAGUAAUGAGGUUGAACCAGAGAUUGUUACUGUAGUACCAAUUCCACCCCCUUUGCCUCCACCACCACCUCCACCUCCACCUUUGCCCUCCAAGGAAGAUGCUACAGCAAAACCCUUAGAGAAAAGUGACAACUUUGUUAAAUGUCAGAGUGAGGAGAAGGGAGUCCAGCACUCUUCUGGUGUCCCACCAGCAUAUCUGUUUGACAGCAGUCAGCUAGUCAGUGCCAAGAAGAAGCUUAAGAAGACUGGUGAUCUAGAAGGUUUACAGAGGAGAAGAGUGAGUUCCCCGAUGGAUGAAGUGCUGGCUUCCUUGAAACGUGGCAGCUUUCACUUAAGAAAGGUUGAGCAAAGAAGUCUCCCACCUUUUCCUGAUGAAGAUGAUAGCAAUAACAUCUUGGCACAGAUAAGGAAAGGGGUGAAACUGAAGAAAGUGCAGAAAGAUGUUUUGAGAGAGUCCUUUACAAUUCUGCCUGAUACUGACCCCCUGACAAGGAGCAUCCAUGAAGCAUUGCGACGGAUUAAGGAAGCAUCACCUGAAUCCGAGGAUGAAGAGGAGAGUUUGCCUUGCACAGACUGGGAAAAUUAACCUGUGAUUCACAGCUACUGACCUGAGAGGAGAAACCCCCAUUGAAGAUUACUUUUCCUCAUCGUUUUUGAAAAUUCACAGCCAGCAGUUAUGGCUGUCAAUUCCACAGGAGGCAUUCUUUGGCAAACAAUUCAGUAUAUGGAAAAAAUAGCCUGAAAUGUUAAUUUUUGAGUCACUACUUUUUGUUUGUUUGGUUGGGUUGUUUUUUUUGUUUGUUUGUUUGUUUGUUUUGUUUUUUGGUUGUGUUUGGGGGUUUUUAAUUCAAAAAAUUCUGGUUUGGACAGAAAGCUGUUUAGAUGUGUAUUUUAUAGGAUCGAGAAUGCCCAAUUCUUAAGCACAUUUUAUAUUUACGUAAGUAAUGUGUAGCCAGUUAAGUGGGGGGAGCAUAUUGAGUAUAUAUGAGAACAUACUCAAGAAUACUUGCUGUUAGAGUAACUUCGGGAUUCAGCCAAGACAUCAAACUAGCUAUAAAAUGUUCCCUUCAUCUGCCUUGAAAUCCAGCUAAAUAUCUCCUUGCAGAGAAGGUGUAGCAGUGUGAUGUUCCAGAAAGAGCAGAAUUCCUAGUUGCACUACAGUAGCUGAAAUUCAGUAACACACAACUUAAAACUUUUUUUCUUCUUCAUUUUCGAAGUCAGUGUGAAAAGUAACAAAUGACACAGCACAAUAUGGAGUAAGAGUUGAAUUCAGUACAUAUUCAAGCGUGUGUUUAUUUCCAACAUGGUACAUUUAGCAAGACAUUGCAGCACCUUUUUAGAAGUUCAUUUGUGAUCUGACACCUUUUUAAAGUACAUCUUCUUGCUUUUUUUUAAUAAUAAUAUUUAGUUAUGCUGAACCAAGGUAGUUAUAUUAUUUGUUAUAAGAAGCAGUAUUUUGUAAUUUCAUACUUAAAAUUAUUUUUCUUUUUUGAUUUAAAAUGGGUUUUGAUUAGUCUAAGCAGCCUUCUUUAAAAAAGAUCAAAGCGUUUAAACAUACUGAUGAUUCACUUGUGAAAAUCAUGCUUCUCUUGCUAUUUUCAUUAUUCCCUUUAGUAGCUUCAGAAAUGUUUGCAUUCCAUACCCAAAGGCUGAUGGGCUGAAAAAAAAAAAGUUCCCUUUUUUCUUUUUUUUUUAACAAGAAUUACAACUUUCUCUGUGGUGAAUGCUUAGAAGUAUUCCUAAACUUCAUGACUAAUGGCUGCAGGCAGCUAUUCUUACACUACCACAGUACUAAGAGGUAGGUCAGUACAGAGAUACAAAUAACCCUGUACCAUCUAUAAACUCCAUGUGAUGGUCAGUCCAUUACAAUUUUAAGAAAACUGAAUUUUCUGUAGCAUUUUAUUUUUACUACCAUGACAUAUGCUGUGUUUGAGAAAUACACAGUACCUAUCCUUCGUGUAGUGUGGUCCAUUCACUGUUCUUGUGACAGACACACUAUUAUGCAGGUUUGGGGGUUUUUAAGUGGAGUUAUAUAUUGCUGCUGUCAUGUAAUGGAACAUGUACUGUGUUAAUAAUAGAAGAUUUCAUGUCUUGCCAUAUAGUUUAUAUAAAGAGGAAGAGGAGAGCUUACCUUAGCAAUAGGCUAUGUAACCUAAAGGAACCUUAGCUCCUGGACCCCUCAGUUUUUUUGCUGUGGCUGUCCUGAAAUUGAAGCUCUAUCAGAUAUCUUGAAAGGAUGUCACUUUACCCUUGCUCUCACAGGCAUUUACUUAAUGUUGUUGCCUUAUUUAUGAAGUUAAUGAACAUUCAUUUUCAAAGCACCUGUGAGCAGCGUUCUGUAGAAUUGUAUGGAUUUUGCUGUAUUAGUCAUCAGGUCUGUAUUUCUCUGUACUGAGAUCAGCUCUAUGAAGCACAUGAUGCUGGCUUUCCAAGGACCUAAACCUACAUGAUUUGUUUUUCUUAAACUGCUAUGAACCCCGAGUUACAUGGCAUGGUUCCAGGCUGUCUAAUACCCUGUUCGUGCAGCAAUAACAGCACUUUCAAGGUUCAUCAUAAUCAUUUGACAUUGCCUCUACUGCAAGCUGUGGUGUUUCUGCUCAAGUCACACCACCCAUUAAAACCAAGGCGAUAAAUAAUCUUUUGGCUGUAGCAUAAAGCAGAACUAUGAUGCAGAACUGUAAUUCAGAUUAUAUGGGUCAUCUGAAAGUCAGUGCUACAUUAACAGUGUUGAUUGAGCAACUUUAAUGUCUAUCUUUUCCUGUCUUCCAGGCUUCAGUUUCUUUUCUUUAGGCUACACAUAUGAGACACUAGCAAAAUUAUGAGGGGAGGAAAAAUAGUGUCAUUUUAAAGUAUAGGUGCAGUGGUCCUCUUGCACAACAUUUGUGUCUGCAGUUUAACACUGUUGUUAUUUAUGUGAUUAGCUCCAUGCUGUACUGUACCACAAUUUUCAGAUUCAUUUGCCAUGUGAUCUGUCAUCUUUGCCUUGAAAAAUGUGUGCAUGAUUGAAAAGAAUAACUGUCCUUAAUAUGUUUUAUAUUUAGCUGAAAUCUCAGAUUCCUGUAAUAGCUUAGUAUAUAGAGUUCUUAUAAGAACGUGUAUUUUAUACGCACACAAAAGUAGUUGUUAUGCUAAGCAUAGCAGUUUAUAUCAGUUGAAAACUGCCAUCUUCAAUGUGGAAAGUAAAUGUUUUUUUUCCACAUACUGCUAAAAAAACCAAACACCAAACCUGUAUUUUAAUCCUCCAUGAGUCACUAGAUGUCACAAUUUCACAAAAUUCUCCACUUUGAUAGAAAAACUGUGAAUAUUAUCCAUAAAACUUCGCAUCUUCUGUAAUAUCAAAUUUUGUAGUGGAAUGGCUACAGCAGCAAAUGGGGAAAUUUAAGAAUAUUCACAAGAAACUCAUGGAAACUAUUGACAGUCCUGCAUUGCAAUUGGUUCUCCUAUAGUUCAGAAAUGCUGUGUUGGUCCUUGAGAAAUCUUAGAAAGCAUCACUAUCACUACAUUAAAAACACAUAAACUUAUGCAAAGGAAAGAGAGCCUCCAUAAAAAGACUUUUCUGUCUAUUACUGGUAUUUUUCAUUUGUGGCUGGACUUUAUUGUUGUGGCUGCGUUGUUCUGUUGCUAGUCACUUAAGCAGUUUGUCAGUGUUCGGGCUUUUUCCAUUUUUAGAAACUGCUUUCUCUGCUCCAAUUAAAACUGUUCUAUUAUAGUGUAACUGAUCCAGCAAGAUAAAAAAUGUUUAUUGUAUAAAUGCUUAUAUUAGGACUGAAAAAUCUUCUAUGAGUGGGAACAAGAAACAAAGUAUUUCUACUAAAAUAACCAAAAUACAAGGUAAACAGCAAUAGUCUUCGAUCAGAAAUGGAAUCUGCAUCAACAUGAAUUUGAUGCUGUCAUUCACAGAGAUUCCAGAUCCUUUACAAGUGACCAAUAGUCUUAUUUUAUUCACUUUACUAUGUUUUGAUAUAUUAGUUAAGUUACCUAUCUAGGGUAGAUGAAGGCUUGGGGAUUUUUUUUAAAUGUCACUUCUGAGUUUUUGGGGUUUUUUUUGUUUGUUUGUUGUUUUUGGUUUUUUGUUUUUUAAGUCUGAUGUCUGCAUCCUACACCAGACACCUGUAAAACCAAUUAGUAUAAUUAUAUACUGUGUUUUUUGUGGCUGCAUUGGGGAUAGAAUUCAACAUACUUCACGUUAUUUGUAAAGAAUCAUUUUGAGUAUAAGCACUAUAUUCUGUAAUGUUUAAUAUUAAUGACAGGUGCAUUAGUGAAGAUGCAACUUACUGAGGAGACAAACUUUUGUCGGUUAACGUUACCUUUAUUCCAUUUGUUGCACUGAAUUUCAAGAGUGUAAUUUGUAAAUCAAGUUUUUUCACGUGUGUAAUCAGAUUUUUUUCUUUGCAAUGCUUAUGCAAUUAAAUUACCUAGAUAUAUUUCUGGUAAUUAUUCCAUAAGCAUGGACAAUAUGUUAUGUUUAGCACGACAGAAUUCAUGUUAAGAACACGCGAAGCUUCUUGCAGAGAAAAGGAAUAAACAGAAGCACCUUAUUGGGAGAGCGCGUUGCAUGAUAUCAGUGCUACUGGAGCUGACAGGCAGUAGGUCAUCCUCAACUUGACUGCAAAUUGCUCUUUGGUGUAAUAAGCACAUUGAUGUACUGCUAGCAGUGCUGUAAAAAAGUACAGCAAUGGCUAUUUUUAACCUAUAAAUAUACUGUAAUUUAAACUUUUCCUACAGAAUGAAUUUAUAUUUAAUUGCUAAUAUGCCUACUACAUAAGUACGUAAAAUUAGAAUUUUUAGGAGGUUCAAGGGUGGGUGGGCAUGCCAGUAUAUUUUGGGGAGGGGCUGUUGUAUAUACGGUUCUUUGCACUUCCCGUUCAGUUUGACGACUUAAUCCAAAACUCCCAGCUCUGACUGUGGUGAAUCUGCAACCUGACAUUUAUGUAUUUUUAUUGUGAUUCAGGUCGUCUGUAUUCUGUGGCCCACAGCUUCAGAGUUUGACAGAAAAGGUCAUCUUUCCAUUCUCAAAUGUGAAUGCUCUGAUGUACCUCUAAUAUGGAAAAUGACCAGGCAAUGGAUUUUACUCUGCUGAGUCUCCAAUGUUAUUCUAGAGUAUUAUCGAAAGCUGAUACCCAAGGCUGUUAACCAAUAGUGUGUCCACUUGGAACAAGUGAAAAGGAUGAUGGCUGUUUUGGUGAAGACAGUCUAAACUCUGCAGAGAUUUUAUUCCAGAGACUGUCACCUAUUUGAUACUUAGUUUUGCCAUAGACUGGCUUGAUUUUCAGAUUUAGAAACAUAUUUUUUAUUACAAAAUGUUGGGGAUAUUCGCUUAACAUCUCCCAGUGUGUUACUGUGGUUGUUGUAUGUUUUGAAUUUAAUCUUCAGUAUGUACAAAUACAUCAUCAUAAGAUGAAAGCUUAAGAAAUACAGAUGGCUGCAGGUUGUCUUGCAUGAGUGAAGCCAGUGAAGUUUAAUGAAACUAAUUUUUUUGUUAAGCCUAUUGAAUAUGUAAGAAAUAAUCAAAAGAAAACCAAUUUGCCAUUCACUAGCUUUGUGCAAUAUUAUCAGUAGAAUCAAACACUACUAGCACAUUGUGCUUGGCUUUAAGAAAGUUCUUUAACUCCAUUAUAUUCAAAAGAACAUAUUCAAUGCGUAUUUUAUUGUAAAUGACUGCAAAGUUACUAUGCCUAAAAUUGCUCAAUGUUAUAAACUAUUAAGCAACAAGUAUGUUUAAAAAAAAAGGUAAAAAACUAAACAAACAUUUCUGUCAAUACCUAAAAACAAAAAAAGUUUUAACUGUCUGCUUUUCGGUCUUUUUUUCUUUAGUGCAGCUUUUCUGCAAUGCAAGUUUAUUGCUGUGUACUUCAUGUUUUUUAUUAUCAUGACUCAGAAAUGUAAACCUGUACUCACCUUUCUGUACAUGCGAUGUAACAUCAUACUCACAAUUUUGGUGCUUUAAAAUUAUUCCUUUUUUCCUUUAUUAAAGGAUAUUUAUUUGACCACUG